GAGAUGAUGCUUGUUUCUUUCGUUCUGCUUUGUACCAUCAUAGAUGGGGUUUCCUGUGAAGUGUGCAGUUAUCAGGAUGUUCUGGAUUACCUGAACUUGACGGCAGACAACUCUGUUUUUAAACUGACCCGACCCGUUCUGGACCACACACACGUCACAGUGGUGAAGUCGGACAUCAUCCUCUAUGCAAUUCUGUCGGUGGUUGAGAAAACACAAACCUUUGUACCUUUCGUCUGGGUAUCAGUGCAAUGGCAAGAUGAGCGAAUCUCUUGGGACCCAUCUCAGUUUUGUGGAAUCACUGAGAUUUCGGUGCCUAAAGACAUGCUCUGGAAACCUGACCUUUUCAUCUAUGAAAUGAUACAGAAGGAUGAGUCUCCUCCAAACCCAUACAUGAUCGUAAAUCAUAAUGGUACCAUCUUUUAUGAUGAGGACAUGCGGGUAGUUAGCACUUGCAAGAUGGACGUCCACAAGUUUCCUUUUGAUACUCAAGAGUGCAGCAUGUCCAUCGGUUCUGCAAUAUACUGCGUAAAAGAAAUGCGGAUUUUUCCAUUCUCAAAUUCUUCUCGAGCCACGCAAUUUUCCCGAGAGGUAAUGAGGACUCAGGGAGAGUGGGAGUUUCUGCAAAUGUCUGUUGAAAGCUCCAACCUCAGCUUGAACGAUAGACAUUGGGAGCUGCUGACCUACACGGUCAGCAUAAAGAGGAGACCAUUACUUCAUGUAAUCAAUUUUCUGUUGCCCAUCCUGUUUUUCCUUAUUCUGGAUCUUGCCUCUUUCUUCAUCGCUGAUCAUCGAGGGGAAAAACUGGGCUUCAAAGUAACAGUGCUGCUGGCCAUCUCUGUGCUCCUCCUCAUCCUUAAUGACAUUCUGCCCUCAAUGUCCAACAAGACUCCACUGAUAGCAACCUACUGCAUUGUGAUUUUUGCUUUGAUGCUGCUUAGUCUGCUGGAGACGAUCUUGGUAACUUAUCUAAUUGAAAACGACACUAAGGAUGAACUAAACCUGUGGGACAAGAAGGAAGACCAUCACCUCAAAACAAAGAAUCAUAGCAGAGACAAGGUUAAAAGAAAUGGUUGUCCCUGCAUCUGCCGAGUCUGUGAGAGUGAGAAGCAGCAUGAGCUCCUUCCUGUUAAUGAGGAGGCAAACAACAGCAGGGACUCGGGAGAUGCUAAUGCUUUGCAGCUGAUUCUGGAAGAGUUGAAGAACUUGCAGAACAUGAUGCAUCACCAUCUUGGCCCUAGAGAAGAGAGAAUGAAGUCAGUACUCUGGGCAAAGAGAAUCAACAAAUGUUUCUUUGUCUUUUAUGUUGUUACUGUUUCACUCUUUCUCUCCUUCAUUUUUUUGGAAUGGUACUCUUAGACAUAUUAAAUCAUUUACUGUAAUACUGUUUUGUACAAUGUCCUUUAGCAUGUGCCAUGUGCCAAAGUCGUUGCUAUCUAUGUGACCAAGGAUAAUGUUUAGGGUGGAAAUGUAAUUUUGAUUAAUAGAUAUGCUUUUAGAAACUGUUUCCUAUGUAUUAUAAAAACAUCAUACACGGAUCAGCAUUUUAGACUUUUCUGAAAUGAAAACAAAGCUAGAGAAUCAAAUAAACAAAUACUUUAAAGUAGGAAUAAUCCCAAACCAAUUUGGUCUCAGUAAGAUCAUAUAAAGAAGUAAUAUAUUAAAACAAUGUAAAGGUAAAUGUGGUAAUAUCGAUAAUAUCGAUACCAAGUAUUGUCACACAAUACAUGUGUAAAAGCAUGAUAAUUUUUUCCUCUCCUGCACGCACUGAAUGCAGCAGAUUCACCAAAGUCUCCCUGUCUGUGUAGCAGGACUUUGCUGUUCCCCCUCCCCAAUCCCCAACUUGCAUCAUCACAUGGCUCAGUGAUGUCAGCAAUAUUUCUUGUAGUGCGUUAAUUUUGUUUCAGUGUUUUGUUUAAAUUUGCUUUGAAUCUUUGUUUUAUUAUUGUCCCAUCGUUCAUUUGCAAUAAUAACGUAGAAAUAACAAAAACACCAACAGUUUCUUAAUAUAUCAAGCUUAAAUAAAAAAGAAUUGGUCUCUAUAUAGAUGACACGACCCUGUAUCCCAGUAUCUAUGUGAAAUAAUUGAGAGUACAAUUAAUUCUAUUUAAAAUCUCUUUUCUUUUCAUAGAUGCUAUUUCUCAAAGAAACAACAUUUUAUUUAAUUUUCAUGCUUAUUAUCAUGCAGAUAACUGCAAAUUACUCUGACACACGCUGAGUGCGUGUAGCAAAUCCAUGCAGUCUGGUCUCUUUUUUGGGGGGGGGUGGACUAUGAGUGCAAGAAUGCCAUCCAGCAAUUUAGUCAUUUACAGUAGGUGAAUCUGGACACUUAAUUUCAGAGAAAAAUCAUCUUUAAACACCUCUACAAAAAUAAGGUAUGCAGUCUAAAUUCAAAACUAUGUAACACAAAUUGAUGUUUUCAAGGCUUAAUGUCUGUUAAAUGUGAUCAUUUAAAAUAGGAAUAUUAAAUCAGACAGAUAUAGGGGAAAAAAUAGUUUUAACUGAAAUAUUGGAGAUUAUUAAAAGUUCCGA